AUGAGACUGUCGUUGAAGCUGUGCAUUGCGAGUGUAAUCGUGCUUACACAGCUCGUCUGUGGAGCACUAUGUUGGGGCAGGAAGGGAUACUUUACGAAAGAAACUGCAGCUGCAGUGAAGAAACUUCUGCCUGAAUCUGCCAAAGGAGAUCUAGCAUCGGUUUGCUCAUGGCCUGAUGAAAUUCAACGAUUCUCGCAAUGGCAAUGGACUAAGCCUUUGCACUAUGUUAAUAUAAACUUUGAGUUGUAUAGACGCGACUACAAUUAUAUGCGUGACUGCAAAGACAGUGAAGGCAAUAAGGACAUGUGUGUGACAGGAGCAAUCUACAAUUACACAAACCAGCUUGUGUCUGCUUCUGUCCGCCGUGAGUUACAUUUUUAUUGA